CAAAUGGAGAGUGUUUAUAUUUCACUUGUGUUUGCUGUGUUGUUUUAUGGCCAGACGGUUCCCUCCGUGUUAUGUGAUUUUGAUACUCCUGCCGACCAUGUUAGAGUGAGCAUUACCAUACACGAUGCUAGUGGAACGAACACAGGUGAGAGUCUGGUGGAUUUACACAGGAUGAGAAGGGGCAUUGGGACUGAUGAUUCCGCAGAACACGUCCACUUGACAAUACAGGCCGAUCGUGAUACUCAUGUAGUGAGACUCAAAAGAGAUGCCAGGGUACUAGCAGGAUCGGAAUUCCAGUCCGUUUAUACGACCAAAGAUGGGCAUGAGCAGCGCAUAACAUUUGACCCUGAUUGUGUAUACAGUGGCGAAACUAUAUCUGUGAUUAAAGGGGAGCAAUACAGUGGUCCUGUGAUAGCCACAGUUUGUAUUGGCAAAAUGAUCGGGCUUAUAAAGAGUGGAGAAACGAUUAGAGCAAUCAUGCCAUCCCGUGACCAUCAAGUUGAAAAUUAUGGUGAUCAUGUCAUGUACGAAGUGAAAGACGAACUGCUCCAAGAAACUAUUGAGAAGCAAAAACCGCUAGAAUCUCAAGUGGACUACCUUAUAGCAGAUGAUAGCGAAGAAGGCAUGCUGUAUCAAGCUGAAGAGUGUCUGCAAAGGGUAUUCAAUCGGUUCCCUGGAACAGCAAUGCCUGGAACGCCUCAGAAGACGGUACAAGAUCUCACACAGGAAGGAUGUAAAACUGCCUGCCUUCAGGAGACAACGUUUACUUGUAAAUCGUGUGAUUAUAACUUACAGACGAGAGAAUGUAGACUUAGUCCGGAGCCCGUCAGUGGAACAUCUACCAAUGGAAACCCUGGCCAAGAGUGGUACAUAUACUAUGUCGUCGAGUGUAAAACAGCUACGCAAUGUAAGGCAACUCGUAUGGGUCGAGAGUAUAUUGGUACGAGGAGUACAACUAUGACUGGUAUAACAUGUCAGCGCUGGGACAGUCAAACACCUCACAGUCAUACUAGAACAAAUCCUGACGACUUUCCUGAUGCCACCUUGGCAGAUGCAGCUAAUUAUUGCAGAAACCCAGAUGGCGAGGGAGGAGGUCCUUGGUGCUACACAACAGACCCUAACGUGCGAUGGAGAUUCUGUGGUAUACCAUAUUGUAGAGAUGAUACGCCAGGUGUUGCGAACGUGACAGUGUUGGAUUGUGAGAGCAGAGGUGGGGAAUUCUAUGACAACCAUUGUUAUUGGGUUAGCUCUGGCCAGAAUGUCAAUGGUCACGUGCUAGCCAAAAGUGCGUGCGCAGAUCUGGGAGCUAGGCUGGUUAGUCUUGACACAGACGGUGAGUAUGCAUUUGUUCAGGGACUGAUUGAGGACGAAGCUGUAGUGGGAGAGUCAAAUUGGUUGACCAGUGGAUUGGAAGUUGGCGUGUAUGAACCAAGACAAUGGGCAUGGG